GCUAAAUAACCCUAAAAAAAAAAAAAAAACUUGCCUACCUCUCUUAUAACACCCUUGAAUAGACAUACGAAAAAAAAAAAAUUUACGAGAGUGAAGCUGAAGUCACAACCACAGCCGAACACAUCAACCCGGCGAAGGGAGGCCCAAUCAAAGCAUGAACCUCCUUGGGGCCGGCGUGGGUGAGGUGAGGGCCGGCCUGGUGCAGAAGGUGGUGUCGGCGGUGGAGGUGUGUGAGGCGGCAAUUAAGCGACAGGCGGUGGUGUCAUCACUGCGGCCCUUCAUCACCCCCACACAGGACACCGCUAGGGAGGCUGCCCAGCGUGCACACCGCAGAUAUGAAGAAGGCAAGCCGAUGGGGCCACUGGACGGCAUACCAGUGGCUAUUAAGGACAAUUUCUGCACCAAAGGCAUCACCACCACCUGCGGGUCAAACAUGCUGCGUCACUACAUCCCGCCAUACUCCGCCACAGUGGUAGAGCGUCUGCUGAGUGCCGGGGCCGUGCUGGUGGGCAAGACGAACCUGGAUGAGUUUGGCAUGGGGUCUGGCACUAUAGACUCCUCCUUCGGGGGCUCUAGAAAUGUUUAUCGGUCUGGCAUUCAAUACGAGCUGACUGGAACGGAGGAGAAGUACCCGACAUCAGGCCUGGAGCAUGAUGACUGGGUGGUGACAGGUGGUUCCUCAGGUGGCAGUGCCUUGUCUGUGGCCACAGGGACAGCCUUUGUGGCGCUGGGGUCUGACACGGGGGGCUCCGUUCGUAACCCCUCCUCCUACUGUGGGGUGGUGGGGUUCAAGCCUUCGUACGGCCUGGUGCCUCGCUGGGGUCUGGUCAGCCUGGUGAACUCCAUGGAUGUGCCGGGAUUGUUUGGCCGCCACGUGGAUGAUGUGGCAACGCUCCUCUCUGUUGUGGCCGGCCAGGAUCCCAUGGACUCGACCAGUGUUUGGAGUGACUUCAAAACUCUGCAGCUCCCACCUGUGCCAAGCCUGGAGGGUGUGGUGGUGGGGCUGCCCAAGGAAUACCACCAGCCAGGGACCAGUGGGGAGGUAGUGAAGGCGUGGACAAAGGUGGCAGACUUGAUGGAGGAUGCCGGGGCUAAGGUCCGUGAGGUAUCCAUGCCACACACAGAGCUGUCCAUCAUCUGCUACAGCAUUUUGAACACUUGUGAGGUGGCUUCCAACUUCACACGAUAUACCGGUGUUGGGUACGGGCACCGGGAGACAGUGGGGCAGUCCAUGGAGGCUCUGUAUGCCCUGACACGCCGCGCAGGAUUCAAUGAGGUGGUGAGGGGACGUGUGCUUGCUGGGAACUAUUUUUUGCUGAAGGAGAACCGGAAGAAGUAUUUUGAACAGGCGCUGAAGGUGCGACGUCUCAUCUGGCAAGACUUCCAGGAGGUGUGGCGUAGUGGUGUGUCGCUGCUUCUCACCCCCACCACCCUCACCCCAGCACACAGACACUCCACCUUCCGAUUGCUAGACAACCGCACUCAGACAGCCAAGCAGGACGUAUGCACACAGUCGGCAAACAUGGCGGGAGUGGGGGCUGUCAGUGUGCCUGUAGGAAUGAAUGACGAUGGCCUGCCUCUCGCCCUUCAACUCAUGGCUCCCUGGGGUCAAGACGCUGCCCUCCUUGCUGCCGCCAAGUGGAUAGAACAGCGCGUCACUUUCCCUAGGCUGCGGAUUCUAUAGUGCUUGUUGUUUGUGUAAAGUGCGAGAGUUUUUUUUUUUAUUAGUAUGGUUUGUUUGUGUUGUGUGUGUUGUUUUCACAGGAUUAGUAUUUGUAUUUGUUGUAUGAAUGCUUUUGUUUGUGUGUGUUCAUGUUGGUUGCUUAGUUUAGUUAUGUUUGUGGGUGUGUUUCUGUGUGGUGUGCUUGUGUUUUGUAAGUAUUGUAUAUAAUUGUAUUUUUUUGUAUAUAUUUAUUUAUUUUUUUCAUAAUGAUAGGCUGUAAUUCUGUUUAUCCAUCCUGUUGGUGGUCUGUUAAUUUAUUUAUUGUAUUUGAUAGCAUUCUUUACUCAAAUGAUGCAGUUUUUGUAUAUAUUUUCAUUGUUGCAACUUUUUUAUAAUGUACUUUUUGUCGUCAUUUUUUUAUUGUUAUUGUUGUUAUUGUUAGGCAGUGUUUUGUAUAUUUGUCUAUUUUUGUCAGUCUUGGAUAGGUUUACUUCCUUUGUUUGGAUUGGAUGACAUUUUCUGGUAUAGUUUUUAUUGGUUUCAGUUUUUCCUUUUGGUUAGAAUAGUGUUGAAUUAACCUUUAGUCCAUUCUCAAGCUUUUGUUCUUGGUUUCUUCUUUGUUAUUGUUGUUUUGUUUGCUUAGUUCUCGGAUGUUUUUUUUAGUCUUUUUGGUUUAAUUUUUCAGUUUUUGGCUUAAUUUUUCCUUCACUUUGGUUUGUUUCGUCUUUCCAUCAAUUCUGGAGCAUCUGUAUUAUCGCUUCGCUUGACACGUCCAUUGAGUGCCUCUGGGGUUGUCCUCAUCAGCCGUGCCUCUGCUGUUGUAUGUUACUCUUCAGCCAGGAAUAUCUAUCACUACUGCACCAGA